GGCCCUUCACUACUCAGUCACUCAAGCUCUCCCAAAACAAGUGAUUACAUACCCAUUCCAAGCACAUCAUCCUCAGAGUGCAUUAUGGCUAGCUCUAACGCUAUGAAGCUUGCUUUGGUUGCUCUCUUGUGCGUGGUGGUUGCUUUGCCCAUAGCCCAAGCCAUCACAUGCGGCCAAGUGGCGAGCAAUGUUGCACCUUGCACAACCUACGUGAAGAGUGGCGGCGCUGUCCCUGCCACUUGCUGCAACGGAGUUAGAAACCUUAACGCCAUGGCCAAGACCACCUCUGACCGCCAGGCCGUCUGCAAUUGCCUCAAACAGGUUGCCGGUGCCAUCAAAGGACUCAACCCUAACCUUGCAGCUGGGCUUCCCGGCAAGUGUGGAGUUAGCGUUCCCUUCAAGAUCAGCACCUCCACCAACUGCGCCACGGUGAAGUGAUGAGCUAAUUGAUGGGAAGUGAACUUCCCAAGUGAUAGUGUAGACUGUCGAGCGUUAAAUAAAGUGUGGGUGAUUACAUCCACAGUGAUAGUAUUACCAAAAGUUAAUCGAUCUAUAUGUCAUCUACUAGGUUAUGAAUUUAUGAUCGAUGUAAUACCCCUCUAUGAAAUUAAGAAUUUAAGAUCAUGAUUUUGCCUUA